AUGACGGUCACAUUUCAACCAUACACACCUGCAACCUCGCUCGGCGACGAGCUAGCCAUUAUUUUUGCCUUCAGCGCAGCCAUGGUCGGGACCAUGAUUAUCUAUGUCUUCUUCUGGAGAAUCCGACAGAAACAGAACCAUGAAGAGGACCUCGUCCGCCGUAGAGCCCUUCAAGUCCGUACGGCCUCCCGCGCAGAGACCUUCAACUUUGACCUGCAGCUUGGUAAUAUGGCCACUGUCACGGCUGGUGGGGGAAGUGUUGCGGACAGCUGGGAUCUGGGCUCUGUUGUGGCAUCUAGUUCUGGCGCUGCUGGUGUGCAUGAGAAGAUGAUGGAUCGGGAUCGGGAUCAGUUUGCGACUCCUGAGAAUCGGGUCGAGCUGCCGGUUCAUGGAAUGGAAUUUGUGCGAGGGGGGAAGUUUGUCGGGUCGUAG